AUGCACCUCAUGGUCCCUCAGUUCUUGCUCCUGAUCCUAUCCACCGCAGUAUGGGCCGGCCCAAUUCAUAUGCGAAGUAAUGUGAUACGGCGCAGGGACGAACCACAGAAGCGCUAUGUGAUCAACGACCUCCUCACUGUCACCAAAGGCUUCCCACGGAAAAGACAGGCUCCCACGCAGGCCGUCACGGGCAUCGAUGCUCUCGCAACCCCGACCCGCAAAGGCACAGAGGACGGAUCAGUUCCUGCGGUCGGCGUUGGAGGAGACAACACCAGCUUGCUGAGCUUCUUGACAUUCUCCCAAACCCAGAGUGUGACAACAGUGGCUGCCGCUGCCCCUGCCGCUGCCGAAACAUCAACCACAGAUGGGUCUGCCGCGAGCGACACUCCUUCAGUAGCUGCAGGGGACACAACUGGCGAUAGUACCGCAGCAACUGGCACCGGAACCGGCACCGCCAUUCAACCCGACGCUGCUGAGCCUCAAGUCCAACCACAAACCACGUCGACAACCACCGUGCAAGUCCAGACCACAGUCGUGGCAACCUUCAUUGUCACUGCGGAAACGACUGCGCCGGCUACAGAUAGUCCAGCUCAAGGAGCUGCUCCCUCAGCGACCGGUCCUGGGCAGCAAGUCGAGCAGCAGCCAAGCGCCACAGUUGCCGUUGUGUUCGUCACCGCCGAACCAACUUUCACUGGGCCUACGGCUGGGUUUACAACACUGAGCCCGGAUGCAAGCGCCAAUCCUGGUUCAACUAUGGCGGAGUCUAGUACUACAGCGCAAGCCGUUGCGUUGACUGCAGCAGUUGAUGGUGGAGCCACUGGCGUUUCUACUCCUAACGAGUCGCGUCCCACCACUGUAACCACAGCCUCGCCUUUUCCAGACACAGAUACGGUUUCUACUGCUGCCACUGCCACUGUCACUGCCACCUCAACGACGACCGUGGACGGUGUAGCCGUGGUUCCUGUCACACCUAGUCCGGUGCAGGGCCAGAUCACGGUCACGGAGACCGUUACAAUGACUGUGACAGCUCGGUAG